GUCACUAUCAAUAUUACUAUGGUUCUGGCUAGGCGCUUGCAGGUCCAACGAGAGGGUGAUAACUGGAUAUGGGCAGACUUUCAUUAUGAGAGACUUCCAAAUUUCUGUUUCCAGUGGGAGAUCCUCGGUAACGAAGACUGUUUUUGUCUUUCUAAUCCACACAGUGGCUCAUGGUUUGGUGAGAAACCUUACAGGUCAUGGUUACAUGCUGAUUUUGAGGCAGGUGGCUCACACCCAGGCAACAUGUGGCUGAUUCCUAGCAAUAGCAGACCAAGGGACGGAAGGGGUGACAGGGUGGUCUCACGUAGAACGACAAGUGAGCAGGAAAGCUACGCGGUGGAAGGGUCUUCUAUUGAAGGGCAAGGAAAAGACUAUUAUCCAGGAAGAAUCAAGGAAGUGCAGGGUCAUUGAGCUAGUUAGUGAGGAAGAUGUUCAAGCAAGUAUGGAUGUGGACAAGGCAACUCCAAAAAACUCGCAAAUGACGGUUACGUCUGGGAAGCACCGCUACUAAUAGGGGAUUCUGGUGUUAUGCAGGAUGAACCUUUGGCGGGGGAUGGUCAAACCGUUUUCUCCUUGCCAGUGGCUGAAAAAACUAGAUUAUUUGCUUUUUAUGAUUCCCUUUUGUCUUAGAACUCUUUGUCUUUUUUUUGCCCCUUUUAGUAGCAUGUGCAACAUUGCCAUUAAUGCAGUUUACUAAAUUGAGGGGUUAGCGAGUUGGACCGUUGUUAAGCGUGACUCCAGUUCUGAGUCUC